AGUGACGCGCUCCUCCAAUAAGCGGCGGCGGCGUCCUCCGGACCGAGCGCAGCGUCUCGCGCUCAGCGGCACUUUUGCGCCAGACCAGUGCGGACGCGUUACCACUCUGCAACCAAGACUCCGGACCGCGGGAAUAUAUCUGCCGGAUCAGAACACCCCCCCACCCCACCACCCACUCGACUGCUUCUUUUUACCCGGCUUUGGCUUAGCAGAGAUGAAGGCUGGCUGCGUCAUCCUGGCGUGCACCUUGCUGGCGGGAGCAUCCUGGGGGAGUAAGGCCGGCCAGUCCCUAAAACCUCCAUGCAGAUCAGGCUUCUCCCAGAACUUCUACACAGUGAUUGUCCCCAGAGAAGUUCUGCGAGGCCAGAGCAUCCUCAGAGUGAGGUUCGACGAUUGCCAGCACAACAGGGAGGUGGGUUUUGUAAGUAGCGACCCCAACUUCAGCGUGAGGCCUGACGGGACGGUGUACGCCGAGCAAGAGGUGGCCAACCUGUCAGAGCCGGUGCAGUUCAUGCUGACCGCCCUGGGCCUUCACGACCCACGUAUUUGGGAGACCACGGUGAAGCUGGCCCCAGCUGGACACCCCCAUCCCUUACCCCUGACAAAGCUGGGCAUUGAAGAAAUGUUUUCGAGAGUGUGGGAGUCCCAACCAAGAGUGAUCAAGUUCCCUCGCAAACAUCAGAGAAGCUCCUCUGUCAACGGGCUGAGACGGCAAAAGAGGGACUGGGUCAUCCCGCCUAUCAACGUUCCCGAGAACUCCAGAGGGCCCUUCCCUCACAUGCUUGUCAGGAUUCGCUCAGAUCAGGACAAGGACGUCGGCAUCCGGUACAGCAUCACAGGAGCCGGCGCUGACCAGCCGCCCAGCGGCAUCUACAACAUUGACCCCAUCAGUGGCAACAUGUUUGUCACCCAACCUCUGGACAGAGAGGAAAGAGCCUCGUUCCAUCUCCGAGCGCACGCUGUGGACAUGAACGGUAACCAAGUGGAGAACCCCAUAGAUCUGUACAUCUACGUGAUCGACAUGAACGACAACAGACCCGAGUUUCAGAACCAGGUGUACAACGGCUCCGUGGCCGAGGGAUCCAAACCAGGCUCGUCCGUGAUGCAGGUGACAGCCAGCGACUCGGACGACUCCACCACAGCCAAUGGGAUGGUUCGCUACCGCAUCCUGUCACAGACGCCCCACAGCCCCAUUCCGAACAUGUUCACCAUCAACAGCGAGACCGGAGACAUCGUGACGGUGGCGGCCGGCCUGGACAGAGAGAAAGUGUCCCAGUACACCAUCAUCGUCCAGGCCACCGACAUGGAAGGAAACUUGAACUUCGGAUUGUCUAACACGGCGACCGCCCUCAUCUCCAUCACGGACAUCAACGACAACCCACCUGAAUUAACUGUUCGGACGUUUUCCGGGGAGGUGCCUGAGAACAAGGUGAACGUGGUGGUGACCAACCUGACCGUGGUGGAUCGUGAUCAGCCUCACAGCCCCAACUGGAACGCAGUGUACCGCAUCGUGAGCGGAGACCCUUCGGGACAUUUCACCGUCCGAACCAACCCCAUCACCAACGAAGGCAUGCUGACCGUGAUCAAGCCCGUGGACUUUGAGUUGAACCGGGCCUUCAUGCUGACCGUGGUGGUGUCCAACCAAGCUCAUCUGGCCAGCGGCAUCCAGUCCUCUCUUCAGUCCACUGCUGGAGUCACCAUUUCAGUCCAGGACGUCAACGAGCCCCCCGUGUUCCCCGUCAACCCAAAACUCAUCCGCUUCGAGGAGGGCGUCCCUGCGGGGACCACACUAACCGUCUUUGCAGCUCAAGACCCGGACCACUUUAUCCACCAAACCGUGAGGUAUUCCAAGCUAUCCGACCCUGCCAACUGGCUGAAGAUCAACAGGACCAACGGUCAGAUCACCACCAUGGCCAUGCUGGACCGGGAGUCCAUGUAUGUCAGAGACAAUGUGUACGAGGCCACUUUUCUGGCAUUCGACAAUGGUAAGUCGGGCUCGCCUCAAGCCAGCGGGACAGGGACUCUUCAGAUCUACCUGAUUGACGUGAACGACAACGCUCCGGUGCUGGUUCCCCAGGAGGCCCAGGUGUGCCAGCGCGCUCGCCUCAACUCCAAGGUCAACCUCACCGCCACUGACGCCGACGCAGACCCCAAUGUGGGACCCUUUGGCUUCGAGCUUCCUACCUUCCCGGCGAGCAUCCGCCGGAACUGGACGAUCACAAGACUCAACGGUGACUACGCUCAGCUGAGGCUGAAGAUUUCCUACCUGGAAGCCGGCGUCUACACCAUCCCCGUCAUCGUGUCCGACUCAGGGAAUCCUCCGCUGUCCAACCGCUCCAUGAUCAGGAUGAAAGUGUGUCCCUGCGACGACAACGGAGACUGCAGCGCCACCGGAGCCGUGGCGGCCGCCGGCCUGGGCACAGGCGCCAUCAUCUGCAUCCUCAUCUGCAUCAUCAUACUGCUCAGUCUGGUCCUCCUGUUCGUGGUGUGGAUGAAGCGCAGAGAGAAGGAGAGGCAGGCCAAACCGCUGCUGAUCGACCCCGAGGACGACGUCCGGGACAACAUCCUCAAGUACGACGAGGAAGGAGGCGGCGAGGAGGAUCAGGACUAUGACCUGAGCCAGCUGCAGCAGCCCGAUUCUCUGGACCACAUCAUCAACAAGCCGUCCGGGGUGCGCAGAGUGGACGAGAGGCCCGUCAUCCCAGAGUCCCAGUUCCCCGUCAGACCCAGUCUGCCUCACCCUGGAGACAUAGGAGACUUCAUCAACGACGGUCUGAGGGCAGCAGACAAUGACCCCACAGCGCCGCCCUACGACUCCCUGCUGGUGUUCGACUAUGAGGGCAGUGGUUCAACUGCAGGCUCCGUCAGCUCUCUCAACUCCACCAGCUCAGGAGACCAGGACUACGACUACCUCAAUGACUGGGGCCCUCGCUUCAAGAAGCUGGCCGACCUCUACGGAGGCGGCGAGGACGACUGAGACCGGAGCCGCGGGGGGGGGGGUACGGAUGGGGGUGUGGCAGGUAACGCCACCACAGAUCCCGGACGAGUGGACCCGUUUGUUCGCUCCCAGCAGCUGACGGACGUGAGCUCUGCUGCGACUGUAUUCUGGCUUUAUACAUCUCAAUGGCGAGUUUGUAGUGUGACGUUCCUUUUUGUUGUUCUCUCACCGCGCUGGACCCCAAACGCUGUGGGGACGAAUCAAGGCGGUCGUGGGAGAUGCGCGUCGUGAAAUUGUGCUUUGAUCGAUUGUUCAAAACAAAAACCAUCUCUUGCUUUAGUCUCACACUGAAGAGAAUGUUUUUGUUUAUCCGGGAGGGGAGGGAGGGGGCGACUUUCUUUCACUCUGUCGACUUGAAUUUCCUUAGAACAGAAGCACUGUCAUUUUAUAAAGUGCCUUUUGUGGUGUGUUUUUGUAUCAGACUCCUGCUAUCUCAGGAUCCGUGGCCAUUUGUACAGCGGAGGAACUUUCUCCCCCUGCACUCAUCUAACCAGCCCUGCCUGUCACUCCCCUUCCUCACCCCCCCCACCCACACACUGCUGCAAAAGACCCUCCCCAGUAAGGCGGAACAACAUGGGCAGACUAUCAGAAUCACCUACUUAAAAAAAGAAAAAGCCAAUCGUUGUUUUGAAGCGAACACACCGUCCUCCCCAAGGAUCCGCUCGGUUCGACGUCAUGUGUGAGACCAUUUUUACACCCUGGGAUUUUUCUGGUUUGGUGGAGAAUGCCUGCCUUCCCGUCGAGGACCCGUGCGUUCGGGAGUCGUCGUCCUCAGACGCUUGCCUGCCCUGUUUGGUUUCGUGUUGCGGUGAAGCUUCUGUCGGCAUGAUCUGAGUCAUCAUGAAAAAAGGAACUGGAAAUGGAAAGAGGAAACAGACUUUUUUUCGUGUUUGUCGCCUUGAACAUUCCCGUUUUUUAUAGACCAAACUAAAGUAUUAAAAAGUGCAUGUUUUAUUUUUUCCUUCCCCAAAUGUUUUACUCAAAGCACUUGUUAUUACUCUGUUGUAAGAAUGUGAAAAUAGUCAGCUGAUAUAUGAGCAUAGUCUGUGUAAAGCCACCUGGACAAUAAAACUACUGUAAGAUACCUAUUUUUACGUAUUGGUGACAUCAAAUUUUGCUGCUCUUUGUCUGGCUCUCCUGGGCAAAAAAAAAAGAAAAAAUGAGGCCCACACCAUUCUGAGCUUAUUGGACAUCCAUUUGUAAAAUUCCUGCCCAAUUUUAUUCUUUCAUUUCACCAUUUUUUUUAACUGUUAUUACUUUAUAUGUUCAACACAUUCGCCGUCGUCUCCAACAGACUUGGUCCUCCAUGUUUGCGGAUGAGAGAAGGGUCACACAUGCCUGCUCGUAGUUGUUUGAUGGACUUGAAUCCAUUCCUAUACAUACUGGACGUGUGCUUUAGCAAAAUAAACAUGACAUGUUUUGAAUGUGUGGCUUCUCUUGGGAGCCAACGCGUGGCUCAUUUGUCUCGCCUGAAAUCGGAGAUGACUCGAGUCGUGUCGAACGCGAGGCCGGCAGACCACAUCUGUCCCGGUUGUUCCACGUCCAUAGCAAUCAUGCAGCAAGUCCCGUAAUGCACUGCAACAGUUGCAAGUAUAAAUAAAAUUUGUAUUCCUGACUGAACAUGGUCACCUCCGGAGAAUUCCUUCAGCCUUUUGGGCAGCAAUGGAGGAGGCACACUGUGUUUUUGGGGUUUGACAUUUUGGAUAUAGAUCGAUCAAUCGUGGUGGUGGGGUCACAAGACUUUAACCAGCAAUAGUGACGGGAAGAUGAGGUGUCAUGAAACAGUAUUGCAAGGUUGAUGACUUUUCAGAGGCCACUAGAUGGCGCUCUUGGUCUAGAAAUGAUUCGUCUCGAAUGUAUUUACGUAGGGUUCCGCCCGUGCUUUUCGUUUAUUUCGUCCGUAUUUCCGUACGUUCCCACAAAGCUUAUGGAUGCAGACUUAACAGAGCCGCACCACCAGAAACAGUGGGGGCAGUGUUGCCGUUUUGUUUUUUGCGCAAGAGCUACAUUAUCAAUACUUUUCCCACUGCUGUCCUGUUUGUUUUGGAGUUUGUGGUUGUCAUAAACUUUUGACUGUGUGUUGCUCCCCCGGUGGAUACAUUGGUGUACAGCAAUACCGACGUAAAGAACAGAUGGACGUACAGUAUGCGAUCAGUGGCGGUCACGUACUAUUGUUCAAGUAGGAAACAUACUUCACCAUUAGAUGUGGUUCAUUCACCUUAGUGGAAACUUUAUCAACUUUUUGAAGCAUCACGCUGUCACAUAAAGGCUCCCUGUGUCGGCUUCCUUUGACAUUACAUGGUUACAGUGCUUUUACUGCCGCUGAAAAAAGGGUCCAAUGAGAGAGCGGCAGCGAAGCGAUGACUAGGUGAUGGGCCACCACGUCUCAUCAGGUUCUGAUUGGAGGUGGACCCUUGUGGCACAAUCCAGCAUUAGGGCUCAUGCAGGCUGUGAUGCUGAAGGGACCACUUCCACUGACCCAGACGCCUCAUGACUGCACACGCCAGCCUCAGCUGGUGCUUCCCAAUAGUUUCUGCAAAUGUCACUGAUGGUCACUGUGUUUAUGGUCAGGUGUUCAUCCACCGUUUAUUUUCAGGAUGAGCAGAUGGUGUCAUGCUGAAUAGAGCCAUUUGGUGAGGGCAACUUGCAUCCUGGGGUGGAGAGUUUACGUCGUGCCCUACUCUCGUCCCGAGGUCCAUAAAGGUGUGAACCCCAAGAGAGUGGGACAAAUUCAUUGCUAUGUGCUGAACUAAUGACAGAUACUUGCUUGGAACAGCGGCGUUAUUUGGCUAUGGCGAGGUACGGCAGCUUCUGGAAAAUGUAAAUGUUCACGGAUUUUUUUUUUUUUAAGUAAUUACCUUGUAAUUAUUAGUAUUGUUUAUGCUACUGCAAAUGAAAAUCACAACAACAGAGUCGAUCUUUCCCAACACGUGUAUCCGCCCCUCCAUAGCGGUAAAUGUGGUAUAUUCCAGUCCCCCGAUGAGAGGACGAUAACAUUAAAAGGAAGCCGCUGAGAACUGGAUGAAUUUUUCAUCCAAAAUCAGAAUCAGAAUCAGAAAAAGCUUUAUUACCAAUAAAAAUAGAUAAAAUGAAGAAAAAAAUAAAUGAAUAAAAAUAAACAAUAGUAAUAGAAGUAACUCAUAAAUAAAUAAAUAAAAAAAACCAAGGGCUCUUCACCACAAGGCAGGUGGCCGUACGUCACCUUCGUGACAUGAAAUCGUCCACAACAGCGAGAAUAUUCUGGACGGUUUCCCAGCGCUUUGAUUCGGUCUGAGGACGUGAAGUUCCCAUGGUCAGGGACCACAUGUGUCCCUGUGAUUUCAUUUAGUCAGCAAAAGCACCAAAAACCCCACUGGGAACUGAGAAGGAAUUUAAUCCUCUCCGGCUGUGUGUCUAUCAAUUAGCCACACCAUUAAUCCCUGCGGCGUAAUCUCAUUAUAUAGAGGGCCUUUAAUGAGACACCCGGAGAGACAGCAGUGAGAUAGCCGGAGGAAAAAUGUGGCGGCAGCAGGAUGCAGGUGAGAGCGUGCGGAGAAGUCAUUAGUGGGACAGAAGAGAGGGUCAGCAUCGUGGGAGGGGGGCGAAGGGGGGAGAUUGUUGCUCAGCGGGGACCAUGCGCCGCUGUCAAAACAAAAGUCACCUAAAGAAAAGAGGGAUUAAAGACGUGACGGAAGCCUUCACUUCCUCGACAGUAAACUGGAUCAGACCUCACUCGAACUCACUCGUGACUGAGGUUGUUCUGAGGUUGUUGUUGUUGGUUAGAGUUAGAGGAAUGAGCACGGCUCGUGUUGGGGUUAAGGUUGGUGUAGGGCAGAUGAGGUACCACCUACAGUGGUACCUCGGUACAUCUGAAUCGAUUGUUCCCAUUACAAUGAAUGGAAAAAGAACUAAUGCGUUCCAAGCCUUAAAAUAGUCUUUUGUAGGAGUGAAUGUAGA